CAGCCCACUCCCUCGUUGAUGUCUAAGCUACUGUCUCGAUUGGUUUUGUGACAGUUUCUAGUCACGAUACCUUUUUUUUUCUUUGUCCUUUGCCAGUGCCAACCAGUGUGCUCAUAUUUUUUACUUUUAUUCUUCAUCAUUCAUCUUUGGUCGUCAUACUCUUUCCGCGCAACAAGAGGAGCAGUGGAGUGCGAUAAUGUCGUCGGCCGCAGCGAGCGCGACAGCGGGUUCUGUCACGGGCAAAACACCCCGCAUCCUCGCCUGCGUUCUGUGUCAGGCUAAUGUACAAUGCACCCCGAGUACGCCUGCGCCUGCGCGCAAGCGACGAAGGCCAAACCAAGACCUUCAGGAGAGACUGGCGCGCUGCGAGGAACUAUUGAAGGAAUACGCGCCAGACGGCAAGCCCGACAUCGAAAGACUGACUACGAAAAGCGCCAGCUUCUCCCAGAGUCCACCCAAGAGCGAGGAGCCGUUGCCAGAAUGGAACCGCCACGGCAAACUGAUUCACGAGGACGGAAGCGUUCGAUUCGUGGAUUCUUACAUGCUGAGCACUAUAUAUGACGAGCUCCGGGCGAUGCGUGACAUCAUUGACCAUGACGAGACCACUCCCGAAGACGAAACCUCCGAUUACAUGACCCCGGAUAUGAACGCAGACCUCCUCUUUGGCGGCGAGACCCCACAAACCGCGGGGACCGCCGUGGAGUUGCAACCAAGCCCAGGGCACAUCUUCCGCUUGUGGCAGGUGUUCCUGGAUCGGGUAAACCCCGUAAUCAAGCUCGUCCAUGUCCCGUCUCUCCAGCCAUACUUGGUUGAAGCUACUGCUGGCGCCCCGCUGCCAAAGAAUAUCGAGGCCUUGCUGUUCUCCAUCUAUACGCUCGCUGCUGUCUCUUUGUCCGAUGCAGAGUGCACAUCUAUACUCGGAUAUGGCCGGGAUGCGGCCCUCCAUCGAUUCUCCUCGGGUGUUCGCUCGAGUCUAAUGCGCAUCGGCUUCCUCAAAACUCACGAUUUAACCACCCUACAAGCGCUCGUUCACUAUCUUAUCUCGCUUCAGGGCAGAUACAACAUGCAUGCAGCAUGGGUGCUCACUGGUGUGGUAAUAAGGAUAGCACAAAAGAUGGGUAUACAUCGGGACGGCACAAUGCUGGGUUUACCACCUUUCGAGACUGAGAUGCGACGACGUCUCUGGUUUCAGAUAUUGUCAAUGGAGUUCAAGACUGCUCUCAUGUCAGGGCUAGGCCAUUCGCUCCUCCCGAGAGCCUGGGACACCCAAGAACCCAAGAACGUCAACGACGCAGAUCUGCAUCCCUCAGCGACUGAGCCCGUCAAGGACCGAGAUGGCCCGACCGAGAUGAUCUUUGUCCUGAUUACGAACAAAGUUGCCCGUUUUAUCGUGGAGAGCCCAGGAAUUGAGCCUGUUUUCCUCUACAACGACGAGAAGGUCAAAAAUCUUCCAGGCGCACCGAGCAUAGAAAAGAUAAAGGAGUUCCGCGGCAUGAUUGAUGGGCUUUCGAAAUCUUUGCUCCAGCUUACUGACAAGUACUGCGAUCCUGCCGCAGGCCCUCUUCACCAAUUCACCAUUGAAUUCCAGGCCACCAUCAUGGAGCGCAUCAAGACAUCACUCGAGCCUGGUGAUGCAACAAUCGACACACAUAUCGACCACAUGUUUAAAAUAGCAGUGGAGUCUUUCGAAAGUUGCCUAGUCAGCUACCGGAACUCUUCCAAGGUCGCGUUUCUUUGGUUUCUGAAGCUGCAGUUCCACAAUGAUCUGUUCAAUUUCCUGGCAGGACAACUCAGCCAAAGACCCUCGGGUCCUCUGGUCGAUCGUGCCUGGGACACUAUCGAGAACAUAUUACCAUAUCACCCAGAACUACUUAAAGUCAACGCGAGAAAAGAAAACUUACUGCUGGCAUCGCUUCUGGUCAAAGGCUGGAACGUGAGGGAGGAGUAUUGCUCAACGCAAAUGGGCAUUAAACUUACCACGCCUCCGUACAUCGAGCAUUUGAGAUCGAUGGUACCACAAGAUUACGUCAAGAGCGAAAACAGCAGUCCUUCGCAGCUCUCUCGAAUUCCCCAGACAAACCACAUAAUUUCUGGGGAAGCAGCCAGUGGUCAAUUACCCAUGCCUGGGCCGAUGGAUGCGACAUUUGAUCAGUUUAUCGGCAACUACCUUGACGGGACAGAUUGGGACGUCUUUUCACGGAUCAACUUGGAAAACUCCGGCUUCUCCAUCGUGCCAGAUACGGAAGUUGACACGAGGGGCAUCGAGCCACAGGUCAACGCGACAUCGAGCGGCGGAGUGCCGUCGGCCUGUAUGGACCAUAACGACGUCAACCAGACGGCCCCUCAGUUCACAAUGUAUGGUAUCGGCCCGCAACCAGCAUGGCAGUAGCUGUGAUUUGUUACCUUUGUUCAACCCCUGCAUUCCGAAUGCAUGAACACCAUGGAUUUAAGGCAUGCUCGGCCGCUGUACACGGCGCGUCUUCUCACGACACUUGGUCACGUUUAACGCUAUUAAAGUUUGACGUGAUAUGAGUACUCUCCCCUCUACCCUUUGGCUUACUUUACUGCCCGGACAUACACUCUCUAUUCUCCUAUUUUUUUCCUUCGUUCAUGUGGCGUUGUUUUGCUUGAUUUCAUCAUACAGGUCAGGGUUAUAGGAGUUUACUAUUUGGGAGAUUUGUGCUUGGGAGGUUUCUGGUUAUAAUUAAUCUUUUCCUAUUCUUCAUUUUUCUUCACAAUGGAACGAACGCAGCACACAAAGGAGAACAUGGAACACAGGACGUUUCUGGCCUUGGUCAUUAGAAAGUGCGGGGGUGUGUAUGAACCAAGCAUCUUGGAAGGACUCAAUUCGAUCUUACUGAUGGGACGGCUGUGCAGAUAACCGGCAAACUUGACAAUGUGUUUUGCUUAGCGACACGCAUGGGACUCCUUUUGUCGUUUUCAACUUUUGGAAAUGUAUGCAUGCUCGCCACAGUCCAAUAUCGCAUGGUUUAUUGCUCUUUUUUUUUUUUUUUUUUUUUUUUUUUU